AUGAAGUUGACUUUUAAGGACUUGAAGCAGGCGAAAUUCGUCAUCGAGGCUGAACCUACCGAGCUUAUUUCUGAGGUUAAGGACAAGAUUUCAAAGGAGAAGGGAUGGGAAGCGUCGCAGCAAAAGUUGAUCUAUUCUGGUAAAAUUUUACAGGAUGCGAACACUGUAGAGUCUUAUCACAUCGAGGAAAAGGGGUUCAUCGUCUGUAUGGUUUCAAAGCCCAAGGCUGCUCCAGCUGCAUCCUCUUCUGCGACUAAAGCUCCAUCAACUCCUGCUCCAGCUACAGCUGCUACCCCCGCUCCACCUGCCGCACCCGCACAUUCUUCGAGUACUACAAACACAGCUGUUCCAGCUACACCUUCUCCGGCCGGCGCCUCGGUUCCAUCUGUUCAAGCCACGCCAUCAAAUGAAACUACCGGUCUUGCUAUGGGAGCUGAGCGCUCAGCACAAAUUGCUGAAAUGGAGGCUAUGGGUUUCGAGAGAUCACAAAUCGAUUUAGCUAUGCGUGCCGCUUUCUUCAAUUCGGAGCGUGCUAUCGAAUACUUGUUGACUGGUAUCCCAGAAAACCUUCUUCAAGAACAACGACAAGCUGCACCAGCUGCACCCGCCGCAGGUCAAGCUUCAUCCCAACCUGCUGCGGGUGGUGAGGAUGAACCAGUCGAUCUUUUUGCUGCAGCAGCUAAUGCUGGGAAUCGUGGUGGCGCUGCUCGAGCUGAUAAUGCGGCCGCUCCCGGAGGGGGAGGACUCGGUAACCUCGAUUUUCUCCGGAAUAACGCCCAGUUUCAACAACUUCGACAGGUCGUUCAACAACAACCUCAGAUGCUCGAGCCAAUUCUCCAACAAGUUGGAGCUGGUAACCCACAAUUGGCCACUCUGAUCAGUCAACACCCAGAGCAAUUCUUACAACUUUUGAGUGAGAAUGCCGAUGACGAUGCGCCACUUCCACCUGGAGCCCAAGCUAUUGAGGUUUCAGGGGAAGAGCGUGAUGCUAUUGAAAGAUUAUGUCGUCUUGGUUUCAACAGAGAUCAAGCAAUUCAAGCUUAUUUCGCAUGCGACAAGAAUGAAGAAUUGGCGGCAAAUUUUCUUUUUGAGCAACCGGAGGAUGAGGAAUAA